AUGGCCGGGUCCAUUGUGGCGGCGGACGCUCCGCCGGCUCCUCCCGGCCGCCGCUGCCCGUCCUCUUCCCCUCCGUCUCGGCGCUGUUGCCGCCGCCGCCCGGCUGCGCCCGCCCUGCCCGGCUUGCUCUCGCUGGGCUUGCUCCUCUCCCGCGUCUGUUGCGGUGCCUUAACUGGACCCAAAGUUGAUCCACGUGUGAGAGCAGUAUGGGGGAAGAGCGUUACACUGAAAUGCAUAAUUGAUAUAAAUGAAACAUUAACACAAAUUACAUGGGAGAAGAUGCAUGGAAAGACUCCACAGACAAUUGCUGUACAUCAUCCUGAUUAUGGAUUUUCCGUUCAAGGAGAAUAUCAAGGAAGAGUAUUUCUUAAGAAUGCCUCACUUACAGAUGCAUCAAUCAUCCUAACAAAUAUUACCUUCUCUGAUUCUGGAGAAUAUGUAUGCAAAGCAGCUACGUUUCCUCUAGGAAGUUCCCAGUCAUCAACAACUGUAACUGUAUUGGUUGAACCAGUCGUGAGCCUAAGAAAGGGACCAAAUGCUUUAAUUGAUGGUGCCAAUCAGACACUUGCCGCAAUUUGCACAGCAGCCACUGGAAAACCAGCUGCAGAGGUUCUCUGGGAAGGUAGUCUUGGUGAAAUGGAAUCCACUUCAACUUCAUAUCCCAAUGAAACUGUGACAGUGGAGAGUAAAUACAAACUGGUCCCCACAAGAUUUGCUAGAGGAAGGCAUAUAACAUGUGUUGUGAAACAUCCAGCCUUGGAAAAGGAGAUUAGAAUGGUGUAUGUGCUUGACAUUCAAUAUUCCCCCGAAGUUACAGUGACUGGGUAUGAUGGAAACUGGUAUAUUGGAAGAGAGAAUGUUUUACUCAGGUGUAAUGCGGAUGCAAAUCCACUGCCAAUGGAGUUUACAUGGAGUCGGUUGGAUCGACAUUGGCCUGAAGGUCUACAGCCUUUAAACAAUACACUGCAUUUCAACAGUCCAUUGACAUAUAAUUAUACUGGAACUUAUGUUUGUACAGUGGCUAAUUCACUUGGUCAAAAAAGUGAUCAAAAGACUAUCUACAUACUAGAUCCUCCUACUACUACCACUUCACCACCCACGAUUCCAUGGCUUCCUUCAACUGAUGGCAUCACAGGUUUAGCAACUCAGCCAAAACUAAAGCUUUUUCCAACAUCACCAUGGCCAGCAAUGCAGGAAGACAAUUGGGGCACUAUCAUCGGUAGUGCAGUGGGCGGGGCUCUUUUCCUGAUACUUGUAUGUGUCUUGGCUGGAGUUAUCUUGUAUAGGAGAAGGAGGACGUUCCGUGGUGACUACUUCGCUAAGAACUACAUUCCACCAUCAGAUAUGCAAAAGGAGUCCCAAAUAGAUACCCUCCAGGUAGAGGAUGUGGAUUCUUACCCUGACAGUGUGAAAAAGGAAAUAAAACAUCCCGUGAACAGUCACAUAACUAAAGACUACUUGGGAGAAUCUGAAAAAACAGACUGGAACAAAGUAGACACUAUUAACAGGUACCAGGACAGGUAUGAAAGACCAAUGGAUUACUAUGAAGGUGGAACACUGGGAAUGAAAUACUUAGGUGAAGAAUGUUAUGAAGAGAAUGAAGAUGACUUAGUUUCACAUGUAGAUGGCUCUGUAAUAUCUCGAAAGGAGUGGUAUGUCUAAAGACCACCUUCAAGUCUUGACUAUACAUAAAGCUCCUUCAUUAGCUGAUCACUUUCAGAUUGUUUAUACUUUUUCUUGAGGAAUAGGUUUUUGAAGUUGAUUUUCAAGCUUUUUAUAUUCUAACUUGACAAUUGAAAUGUAAAAACCUCAUUUAAAUGUAUUGAAGCUGCUUUAUUAUUUUUUUCAAUGCUGUACUACUGUCUUUCACAAGAUAUGAAUUUUAAUAUAGCGCUUUAUUUGGCCUAUAGCACAAGAUAACCAAGUGCUAAGUGGAAAAAGAAAUUGUUAUAAAAAGUUUGAAAUGAAGCAACUGUCUUUGCUUGUGACUACAAAUUUAUGAUCAAGACUUACCUUGAUAGUACUUUUUGAUCCAUAAUUCUAGUAAACGGUAACAUGAAACUGAUUCAAGUACAGAGCUGAUCUAAGGUACACUUUGUUUACAAAAAAUUUUUAUGACAUGAAAUAUUCUGAUGGCACAGUUUUUUCAAAGCUUUAUUUUUAGGUUUUCUGCACAGAAUUUAAUACCUCUACAUUUUUGAGCCUUGCCAUUUAGAUACUGUAGUAGGUGGUACCUUUUACAGAUGACUUGUUGCACUGAACCUGCUGCAAUAGACUUUUCAAUGAAUUAAGUCUUGCAGCAUAACAGGAACUCUAUAUUUUGACACUGCAUUUUAUUUCCAAGCACUGGGAUGUAAGAUUCCAAUCACUUCAGUUUUGUUUCCAGACUCAUCCUUUCCGGAAGAUUUAUUAAAUGUUAUUUUGAUCCGAUACAAACAGUUUACCCUACCUAAAAGGGGAAAAAAGUAAUGUUCAGGAAAUACUAGGUUUUCAUAAGCAGUCUACAGAACAUUAAUUAAGCACAGAGCUACAAACGCAUUUAGUUGAAACCCAGAUGCAACUUCUGUAUAUGAAUGAAGAUGCAUUUUAAGAAAUAAACUUUUGGCUUUUCACAGAAUUUGAUGGUACAAGAAGUAUUUGGACUGUCUAAAGAAAUGUUGGCUAAAAAGCAGGGAAGCAUUAAAUGCAGGAGCAAAUUUAGACUUUGUAAGCAUUUAUCACUGAAAAACAUGGCAUAUUUUGAAAGAGAAGGACGAAACACUUUGGCUUAAACAGAAAAUAUACUAGCAUAUUAAAUAUACUAGCAAAUAUAUUUCAUAUGAGGCAUUUUGAGAAAUUUGUGCUGCUUGAAAAGAAUUGGAGUAGUGCAGUAAAAUUACUAUUAAAGUAAAUUAUUACUUAAUAGAUGGGAGAAACAAAUAUAUGUAAGGAGGGAUUUUCUCUGAAGGGCAUAGGAAAUAGAGGCAACUGUGGUGUUUAAAUAUACAUCUCACAUAUAGGCUUUAGAAAACCUAGUUGGUUGUGUAGACAAUAUAGCACAACCAAUCGGAGCCCAUCAUACUUGCUUAGAAGCAAAUCCCAUUGAAAAUCUUCUGUUCAAACAUGCUCAAAACUGAAAAGGUAGAUGAGUGUUUGCUUCAAUAGAAACUUCUUUAAAACAUUUGCAUAUGAAUAAUUAGAUGAAUUUGGUAGCAUGUGUACAGACAAUAUUAAUGCUUUUUAGCUUCCCAGUAAAAACCUUGGAAGUAAUAUGAGCACAUUACAUAAUGACUUGCAGUAUUUUAGAGCUUUUCAGUCAGUACAGUAUCUGUAUUAAGGUGCAGUUUUGACAGCACACUGUGACUUGGUUGCUAUGUCUUCAGAAAUGUGACUGCAGUUGAGUAUAAAUACAUGAAACAGGUUUUCUAUACGUCUCUAUCACAUUGAUAAUUUAAGUGGUAACACUAUUUUACUUCACCAAAGUAUGUCUUCAGUACAUUUGGAAGUAAAAUUAUUAAACCAUGCUUGCCUGUAAACUCAAGGGAGUUUCGAUAAUUGCUUCAUGGAUCUGAUCCACCAAUGGCUGAAGUGCUUACUUCAGUUAGCUUUUGAUCAGGCCACAAGGUAGCAGGUCCUAAUUUGUGUGUGUGUUGUUGUUUUUUUAAGAUAGCUCAUGGUCUUGGGAACACCUCCAUUGUAAUGCCAUACUUUUCUGUAAGCCCUCUAGAAAGCUUUCUUGUGACACUCAAAUUUAGAAGCAAGUUCCUAAUAUUCUGUGUUCUUCAAUAUAAAUUUGUUAAAAUUUGAUCAAGAGCUUUACAGUUUAAAAUGAAGAGGUUCAUAAUAGGUUUAAAAUGUUCAGUGUUGCAGUGUUUUUACCUAAUGUAUGUUUGGUGUAAAUACAGAAUUGAUUGUAAGUAUGAAUAGUUGUGUGAAAUAAAUCUUUUGUUAAAUUAAUUUCUUGAAUGCAGGUCAUAUCCACAAAUGAUGGAAAGGCAUAUAAAAUGUAAUAGAGGUUAGAUUUGUGGUGAGGAAACAGGUAGACUAGAAAAUGAGAGCUGAAUACAGAAAAAAAACUGUUGAAUUAGUACUUCUAUAUAGCAUCUGAAAUACUUAACUAUAUUGGUAAAAGUGUUCAUAGACACUAGUCAACAUAGCUGUCCUUGAUGGCAGAUUGUAUAAUUUGUACCUCAAAGUCUAGGUAAAUUGCAGAAAAAGCUGUAAGGUAACACUUAAUUUUUAACUGCAGAAAGUUUGGCCUGCUGUUUUGUUUGAAGUUGCCAAAUUCUUUACUCUGGAGUAACUAUGGAGAACAUCAACUAUGGAGAAAAGUUGAUAACGAUAAACACAACUAUAAACACAAGACUUGAAUUGGUCUUGCCUUCAGAUGACUCUACACAUAAUAAGAAUCCCCAAACAAAUAGAAUCCAUACACAGGACAAAUAUGGAUUAUGCCCAGUGUAUUUUGUAGUGAUAUUUCUCAGCAUGUCCAGAAAACAUUUGCUGCUGUAGCCACCAAUAUGCCUUUGUGUUUAUAUACAAAGUAGGUAUCAUUGAGAUGAUCCUUGUUUAAAAUCAGAUGAGCCAGCACAAGUUGUUUUCCAGAAUGAAUGAAACACGAUUACAGCAUAGCAUAAACACCAGUUUGAGUUUUGUGAGUUGUAUCAGCUGGGAGACAACCUAAUACAUAGCUAUAUACUGAAGAUUGUAUGCUUGUGUGAUGAAAGCAUAUGUGCCUAUUUUGUCAAUGCUGCUAAAUAUAUGUAUACUUUGGUGAAUCAUGUUCAUUGGAUUAAUAGCUUGGGAGUCAUUAUGCAGUAGCAAACUUCCAGACACUCAUUAUUUGCCAGUUGGUUGUUGCACAUUCCAUUCUUCCUGAAAAGAGCUGAUUUUGCAGCUUGCUAAUGAUUCCCAGGCAGUCUCCCAUUCAUGCAGUUUUCAGAGUCACUUCUAUGUAGCAUCAGUAGAAUUGCAUUGUGUGCCUUCGGACCAUUAUUUGGGCUGCUAAGUCAAAGAGCUCAGUUGAUAGUGUUCUGCAGUUUGCAAAUUACGUUCAGUGUGUAAUAAAUCACAAGUCCUCAUGAAUAUUGACGUUGGGUGUGAGAAGUACUGAUUGUUCAGUUGGGAAAUAGAUUAGAAAGGGAAGGUGUGUACCAGAUAAGGGCAGAUCAUACUUAAUAUUCAUAUUUGCCAUGAAUGAAUGGACUUUCUUCGGUAGGGAAAAUGCAGUACUUAUAUAUGGUCUUCCUUGUAUACAUUUGUUGAUGCAGGCGUGCAUCUUUCCUCCAAGAUGGAAAAAAAAGCAGUUUGGGGUGAUAGUGUGAAAACUCAUGUGGGAAUGGAUUAAGAACUACCCCACCUGUACCUUCUGCUUUGGAUUUCAGCCUCCACAGCCACAUAGGGAAAAACAUAGGGACAAACUACACACCAUGUGUGUAGUUGAGACAUGUAUAAGUAAUACUUUAGGUGGAUUUGGGCCAUUGGUAUAUAGGCCUCCGAAGUCUAGACUUUUCCCCCUUGGAAAUGAUGUCCAAAUUCAAAGUAGGCUGUUAUAUGAACUUUUUUUCCCAUUCUUGCAGCUGUCUAAAGCUUUUCAUGGCAGUGUUGCAUGUUGGUGAAGCAAAAAGCAGUGCAUGCAUUCAUAUAUUCUGAGAUAGGAUGGAGAUAAAAAUAAUGCUAAAGGCAUUUUCAAAUACUUAUGAAAUAUUUAAGCAAUGAUUUGCACAUUCAGUACAGGUAACACAUUUCAUGUAACAGAGUAACUGGGCAACUAAUUAACUUGCCACUAAAGUGUAACACUCUUAUUGACCUGCCACUGUGGUCCACUUCUACUAUGAUGAGUCACUGAAAAUUGUGAACAUUUCUAAUGUACCUGGUACAGUUCCUGAUUUUCAACAUGUCACUGAAAAAAGUUACAGGCCUUCAGAUUUUUGCAGAGAUUUUGUUUGUGUUUUAAGUAAAAUAAAACAAUGUCUACUGAUUUCUACCAAAAAAAAGGAUACAGCUAGCCAUUUGAUAGUAAAAUUAGAUAACUUCAGAUAUCAUUGUUUUGUUGUAUCUCAGGGAUAUAGAAUAAGCAAAGUUGCUUUGGUAAGUAUAACUUCAGUAGCUUGCACUUUUGCAUUCUUAAAGUAUUAGAUAACUAUUUCUAAACCAGACGGAACUUUCAGAAUAACUGCCAUUUAUUUUUGUAUCUUGUUCCUAUGCACAGUCUAAAAACAAAUGGUUCUAUUUGUAGAUUGAAAUACAAAAGUUUGCUAUGCUAAAAAUUACUUUCCCAGACAUUGUUAAAGGCAUCUGUCUCAAAUAUGUAACGCCCUGUGAAUUGAAAAUCAUUUUCAUGUCAACAUAUUUUGAUUCCUCUUUUUUUAUCUUUAAAAGUUUAAGACUGUAUGUUCAAAUUCUGCCUUCAGCAGUCAUUUUUUAAAUAUUGCAUAGCUGUUUAUGACCCGAAUGCAGUGGUAAUGAUAAAUUGUAGAUUCUACAACAUGUUUAACUCAAAGGCCGAUAACUGUAUUUCUUUUUCCUGAAUUUGAGGAGUUUUGAUAACAUGACUCAUUGCUUGAAAAUCAUAAUGCAUGCUGAAUUA